AGGAAGGAGCAGGCUAUGUUUUUUUUCCCCUUGGGCGUUAGAGGGCGCCCGCAUCAUUUUUCUCCACCGUCGAUUGUUUGUUUCGCAGCAAAGGUUUCCAGGCGAAAUGUGAUCGGGCGGCACUUUUGUCGCAGUUUCCCGAAAAGCGGGUCGAGUGCGGUCUGGCUCCUCCUGCAAAGCACGCCCUCCCUCGCCUUCAAUCAAGGGACCAGGAAGUGUUUCCAGCAAGAGCUGGAAUAUCAUCGCCAGCAGUGCACUCACGUUGUCACUGGCAGUGAUGAUGAGCUCAGUUCCACCCAUCUGAAGGCCAUCAAGAAGUAUCAGCUGCCCGUCGUAGGUCCUGAUUUCAUAUGGAAUUCAGUCAAAGAAAGAAGGCUUUUACAGAUUAAUAACAAUGAGCCCCCAAAGACAUUGCCAUCUGUAACUGAUGAUGGGGACAAUUGUCAGAGGAGAAAGGAUACAACUGUAAUUAAUGGCAGUGAUGCGUCCAAUGAUAAGAAUGCAUCCAGUGACAAUAACAACUUGGAUGAAAUCAGGUGGUUUUCAAAUAACGAUGAAGAUGUUCCUUAUUUUCCCGAAGACUUUGAGAUUGCAAAAUACAACCUCCUUGAAAAGGUUGCAGCACAUGGCGAAUAUGUCCUUGUUGAACUUCAGUGUUUUCAACAGCAAUGCGAUUACCCCUUCCGCAUUUAUAGGCACUGCAGUGUCCGAGAUGGGAAGCAGAAACAAUUUAUACCAACGAAGACAUCUGAAAAAGCUAGAAGAAACUAUGAACUUUGCAUCGAAAAUCUGAAGAAAGAGGGUUUUGAACUAAGGACAGACUUUCCAAAUGAAGCAGAAUACUUAGCUUCAUGGAAAUUACAAGAGAUCUUGGUAUCAGAAGCCAUCAGUUCCAGCACUUUGUCUGAAGGUGUUGCUAAGUUUGUGGAGCUGAUCUGGAUUGAAGCUCUUGGAGUCCUGGAUCUUGUAUUGGCUAAACCAGUAACCAGCAUUAGCCUCAAUGAUGUUAGCAAAGCAGAAGGCGUUCUUCUCCGCACAAAGAAAGCACUGAAUGACAUGAAAUCACCAAGUGAGUUAUCAGCAAUGAUGAUGGAUUUCUAUCAAAUUAUACCGCACAAAGAUGCUCUGAAUUGUAAUGUUACUCUGAAGCUUUUAUCUAACAAGCAGGAUCUCUGUCAGCUUAUCAGGGACAUGUUGAAUGUUCAGGAAAUAAACUUAUCAACUCCAAACCCAUCAUCCCUUUCCAAGUACCAGGCUUUGAGGUGUAGAAUAGAUGCUCUUGAUGCAAAAACUGAAGAGUUCCACAGAAUUAAACAGCGGGUGGAUCAAGAUACCAGCAAAUGUCCAGUAGAAAUUUUGGAGAUAUAUAAAGUUGGCAGAAUCACAGAAGCAGCAGGUUUUGAGAGUCGCCUCGGCAACGUUCAAUCCUUGAUUCAUGCUUCAUCUCCUGGGAACUUUGUUGGAAUCCUUUCUCGGGGACUCCUUCUACCAAAGAUGGCAGUUGAAGAACAUGGAUUGGAAAGAACUGAUUUUGGGAACUUGGGCAGUGGAAUUUAUUUCAGUGAUUCCCUCAGUACGAGCAUAAAAUACUCUCAAACAAGUAAAACAGAUGGAGCUCGAUUACUUUUGAUUUGUGACGUAGCACUUGGAACUUGUUGGAACACACAUCAGACAAACUUUUCUUUAACUGCACCACCACCAGGCUAUGACAGCGUGCAUGGAGUCAGUAAGAAAAAAGACAGAAAAUCUGCUUUUGAGGGUGAUGAAUUCGUGGUGUACAGAACUAGUCAAGUCAGAAUCAGAUAUGUGGUUAAGUUUAGCCUUGUGCAUGACAAAGUAAAGGAGUUCCAUCCUGUAAUUCGGACUGAGUUAGAAGAUGAGUUGCCUUCUCUUGACCAACCACAGCCUGAAGAUUAUGAAAUGCCAAACCAAGAUAAGCGGGAAAAAGUAAUUUCCGGUCUCCUGGAUCGAUCUGGAAAUCCAAUUCCUCUUAAAAAUCUUCACAUCAAGGGAAAAAUAAUAGACUUUGCAGGACAGAUUGUGAUAUUUCAGACCUAUGAAAAUCAAACUGACAGCCCCAUUGAAGCCAAAUAUGUCUUUCCUUUGGAUGACACGGCUGCCGUGUGCGGGUUUGAGGCUUUUAUUAAAGGGAAACAUAUAAUUGGAGAGGUGAAAGAAAAAGAAAAAGCACACAAAGAAUAUAGAGACGCCGUCAUUCAGGGACAUGGAGCUUAUCUGAUGGAUCAGGAUGCUCCUGACAUAUUUACAGUGUCAGUUGGAAACUUGCCUCCUUCAACCAAGGUACUCAUCAAAAUCACAUACGUCACAGAGCUCAAUUACGAUUAUGGACGCUUUUCAUUUCACCUGCCUGCCGCUCUGACUCCUUGGCAACAAGACAAAGCAUUAAAUGAAAACACACAGGACGCAGUAAGAAAAGUUGCUAUUAGGCAAGUAGGAACGAACAUUGGUGAAUUCUCCUUGCAAAUGUCAGUUGAAAUGCCCUUCAAAAUAGAGUCCAUCAGGAGUUGGACUCAUGAACUGAAAAUAAAGAAAACAGACUGCAAAGCUGUUGUCUGUACCAAGGAUGCUAGUUCCUUAGGUAUGGAAGGCUUCACAAUGGACAUCGUGAAUGGUAACGUUUAUUUGCCCAGAAUGUGGAUUGAAAAGCAUCCAGACAAGAAGAGUGAGGCAUGCAUGCUUGUGUUUCAGCCGGAAUUUGAUACACCGUUUGACCCUAUACAUACCAGUGGUGAAACUGUCAUCUGCCUGGAUUGCUCUAACUCCAUGGCAGGUUCAAAAAUCCAACAUGCCAAGCAAAUUGCAUUAUCUUAUUUAAAUUCAUGUUAUGAUACAGAAAAACUGACUGUGAUCAAAUUUGGAACAAAUUUCAUUGAGUUUCCUUACAAUUUUGAAGACUUUGAAGCUAUGAAGCAGUUUAUCAUGUCUGCUACAGCUACAAUGGGAAACUCAGAUUUCUGGAAGACUUUGCAUUACUUGAGUUUGCUCUACCCUUCCAAAGGGAAACGCAACAUUCUUUUUAUAUCUGAUGGACACAUUCAGAAUGAAGCUGUGACUCUGCAACUUGUGAAACAGAAUGCAAAACACACUAGAAUAUUUACAUGUGGAGUUGGGCCCGCAGCAAAUCGUCACAUGCUGAGAUCACUAUCCCAAUAUGGAGCUGGAGCCUUUGAAUAUUUUGAUGAAAAAUCAAAGUAUGACUGGGAGAGAAAGGUAAUGCAGCAACAAAAAAGGAGGUGGUCCCCAGAAUGCAGUGCCAUUUCAAUUAAAUGGCAACAAUUUGACACAGAUGCACCAGAACUGAUGUAUGCUCCAGCUCAGAUACAGUCUCUGUUUGAACAUGAGCGUCUUCUGGUCUAUGGCUUUAUCUCUAAUUGCACCCAGGCUGCAUUAUAUGCCCUAUUGAAUAGCCAAGAACUACAGACAAUUGUGUCUACAACUGAAUUGCAGAAGACAACAGGAACUAUUCUUCACAAACUUGCAGCAAGAGCCUUCAUUAGGGAUUAUGAACAAGGGAUUCUUCAUGAGGAUGAAGCAGAAAAUGAGAUGAAGAAACAGCUGUUGAAAUCCAUGAUCAUUAAGCUCAGCAUGGAAAACUCCAUCGUGACCCAGUUUACAAGUUUUGUUGCAAUUGAAAAAAGGGAUGAGAAGGAAGACCAAAUCACUGAUUCUUUGGAUGUUUUAGAACUUGUCUCCAAGGAGAAUGUCGACAUCUUACCAUAUAUGCAAUAUGAAGAACCUAAAGAGGCGGAGAAGGUUCUCCAAAAGGCGUGCUUCUUGAAAGUGGAUUCACUGACGAGUUGGGAAAAUGAUUUAUGCGAUAAGCUAUCCUUUUCACGGAGUGGAUCUGAUUUUCUGAGUUCUCUCGAACUCGGCCUACUUUCUGAUGAGUCCUCAACAGAAGGUCAGAAGUUUACACCGCAGGCAUUUGAUGAUUUUCAGGCAUUUGAGGAUUCUCAUCUAGCUGAUGAUCAGGUCUUAGGUGCUUCUUCUGUUCUUUCCAGUGUCUUCUCUGAUUCUCCGGCAAAACCAUCUUUUGUUCCAGCAAAGCUAAAACUGGGGUCUCUUCCUUCUCCUCCUUUAUCCUCGUAUAUCCCAAGAGGGCUCCCAUUCUCCUCCUUACUACCAAUGACACAGACAGUGUCGUCACUGCCUACCAGCAUGCCCGGUGCUGAUGCCCCACUCAAUUUGCAGACAAAAAUGUACAUGCCUACAAGCUGUAUAUCUUCCCCGGCGAUGUCUCUGUCAGACCAAGGUGGUUUUUCCAUGCCAAAUAUUCUAGAAAGAGCUCAAUUUCAAGGACCUUCUAAUGCAUUUUAUUCAACAGGGCCAUCUGCUGAGCCCAGAUAUCCCCGAACAUUUGGAUUUGGUGCUGCCAGCUUGCUGCCUGCUUCCCAAACAAAUGCAGCACUUUUGAGUCGGGAAAUACGUCAGAGCCUUCCUCCUCCUCCUCCUCCUCCUAGUCUGCAACUUUUUAGCCAGCCAUGUUUCACACUACCAGGUAGUAGCCUCUUUGGUUCUGCUCAGCCUUGGGCAGUCUCACAGUCUUUUAAACCAUUGGCCAAGACAACUCAGAAUAAAAUGGAUUUGCAAAAUUAUCCACCGAAAAGAGCCGAAAAGCACUUUCUUCCUAAACAUGCUCCUGGAGCAGUGUCAGAACAAGAUUUAGAGCCAGAAAUGAUGCACAAAGCUGUUCUCGAAAUGGGAAAAGAGAGAGCUGAAGAAGACCUGGCAUCCAAGGAUGUUCAUUUGAAGAAGAAAAAGAAGAAGAAAUCAAAACCAAUAAUGAAAAGGAAAAUAGUAUCUGAAAAUAAACAAUUAGGUAUUAUAUUCUGGCCGCGACUUUUUCAGCUCCAGAAUGAGGAUGGUUUUUGGGAGUUAACAUUUGAGCUUGGGAUGCUUUUGGAGCUUGAUGUUGAUCACUUAGUCAAUGUAACACUUGCCAAGAAAGGAAUUCAGUCACUAGGGCCAAAGGGAAAAGAGAAGUUGUUGCGGUUGAUUGCCACACUUCUGGUGCUGCAGGUUGUGCGUUUCAAGCAGUUACAAGGCCUCACCUUCAAAUCUCUAACAAAACUUAGUGACUCUCCUCCAUCGUGGGCACUUGUUCCAGCAAAAAAGGCUACUGAAUGGGCAAGAAGAACUGAGCGAGAAUUUCCAGUUAUUUGCCAGCGGCUUGAACUUGGGAAAGACUGGGAUUCUGCCACUAAAAACCUGCUGCGUAUUGAUACAACUUAGACCAUUACCUCCCCUCUAAUAUUAAAUGUCAUAUUUUGACUACUGAGAACCUGGCACUAUUACCUAUUUUCUCACACAUCAUCAAAAACAUGCAGAUUUUCACUUAUUAAGAUUUUCCCUUCAUAUCUAUACAGGCAAUCCCAAAAUUACAAACAUAAGACUUACAAAUGACUCAUAGUUAAAAACAGGGGACAGACAACAGGAAGUGAGAGAAAUCUAUUCCUAGGAAGGGAAAUCCACUCCUGAGAGAGUUAUCAUGGAGAGAAGGUGUCUCCACUGAAGUUUUCUUACCAAUCCUUUUUUCCCACAACAAGCCAUUUUUUUCAAAAUCCAAUGAUCACAAGGACAGAAAGUAAAAUGAAAUCUUCUGAACGGGCACAGACAGCAAAACAAACACCACAGGGGUGUUAACCCUUCCCUAUGCUGUCCUAAGCUUGCAUAUAUAUAUAUUUGGCUAGAGUUACACUUUAAAAUUUACUGAUUCCGACUUACAUACAACUUAAGAACAACCCUACAGAACCUGCGUUUGUAACUUAGGGACUGCCUGUAUAUUGCCAUAGUUUUGAUAAUUGCAAUGAUUGUGAUGAUUUUACUGGUUUGGAUUAGUUUGUUUUAAUGUUUUGAUUAUUUAAACUUUCAAUCACAUCAGUUGUUGUGCAUCAUUUGUCAGUGGUAAAAUGUAAACAAAUAUUCCAGUUUCUAGGCAAGAGUAAAGAAAUGUAAGAGGCAUUAUAGUCCAGAAAUUGUCUGAUUAAUAUUAUUGCUUCAUUGCUCUAUAGUAUCACUUAUAUUCAAUCAAUAUUCAAUUUAGUAGUCAAGAAAUGUAACUGGCAGAUGGUCUGUUUGCUCAUGGACUGUAUAGUUUUUGAAAAUACACAUUUUUUGCUAAAAGCCAAUUUUAUAAAAGUGUCUCAGUAUA